CCUGCAUUUUGACCGUGCAGUGUGUUGGGAAAACCGACAAACGGGAAAUAAAAAACUCUGCACGAGAAGUUUUCCUGGAAAACUUUUGUAUUUUGUGGAUGUUCUUUCAGCGUGGGGAGCGAAUGUUAAUAUUAUCCAUAUUUAUUCCUUAUCUUUUUCCCUCCUUUGAUAUUCAGCCAGCUACGCGUUGUACAGCCGUGUUUUGGUGGAUUUUAUGCUGACAUCAGUUGGCUUGUGAUUUGCACAGUGUGGGCAAACUGGGACGUUGCUGAUCGGGAAUCGUUGAUAGGAGAGUGAUUAUGGCGUACGCGAGUAACCAGCGCACGGAUUACGGACGCCAGUACAGUGUUCGGAUGAUCGUUUCGUCUUGCUGAUCGCCGUUUCUGGUGCUGUGGCGAUUGGUGGCAGUCGAUGCAGUAGUGGGUGAUCGGCCCGAUGUGUGGGGAUGACGUUGUGGUUGUUUGCAGCAGCGGGAGCGGCCGCGGGGGCGCGGGGGGCCCCGCGGGGGACGGGGGCAGUCAGGGGCCGUCGCGGGUCCCCAGCGAUCCGCCCUUCUCCGCCUUCGUCGGCAACCUGCACCAGGCCACCGUCCAGAGCGAAAUCGGGGAGAUGUUCAAUCGCCAGAAGGUGAAGAAUAUUCGUAUGCUGUACGAAACGGAGAGCAAAAACUUCCGAGGUGUGGCCUUUGUGGAAUUCGUCGACAAGGAGUCCCUGACGGAGGCGCUGAAUCUCGACGGAAUGGUGCGUCGCGGCCGCAACAUCCGCGUGGACGUGGCCGACCGCGACCGGUACCGCGACCGCGCCAACCGCUUCAGCAACGACCGCGGCGGCGCAGCGCGCGGACGCGGAGGCAGUCGCGGCGGAUAUGCGCGCAGCGACGCCGAGGCCGUGGUGCCGCCGCCCGCGGCCAGUCCGGCCUCCACGGCGUCCACUCCACAUUCCCAGCUGAACAGCAGCCAGAACAGCCACAACAGCAACCGCUCCGUCACGCUGCCCGAGCCUGUCAACGACAUGAUGAGCAACCCGCGCAUUGCGCAUCCCUGCAUCAAGGCGGUGGCGUCGGAAGUCGUGGCGGACACAAUUACUGGGGUCAGUUUCGAGGGCGUCCUGCAGUCCUUCAACAAAAAGGGAGAUACCGCCCUGGCACAAGCGCAUAAAGUGGCCGCCAACCGGCAGCACGUGGAGUUUGUGGAUUUUGUGCUGCUGGAGCGGAAGGACCUGGUCAGCAUUACCGUGCGCGAUAUCGGGCUGCGUUUCCUGCGCAGCAGCCAGCCGGCGGUGACGCCCGCCAAGCGGCCCGACACCGUGCUGGCGACGGACGAGGCGCUGGCCAAGACGCCGUCCGCUGCUGGCAAUCAGUCGGCGCGUAAUCAGCCCAAAGAACUGGUCAAAUGGGAGCCCGAUAACGAUCUGGAGAUCCACCAUCGCCUUGAUCAUUUGGGCACCGGGUGGAGCGCCGAGGACAUGUUCCGUCAGAACGAGCGCAAUUUCGGCGUGAAAUCCAGCUUCGACCAGUCCAUGUCGCAGUACACCGUCCCGCUGACGAUCCACGACGGCACGGACGAAGGCCGGCGGAAGAUCUCGGAGGCGCAGCGUCUGGCGGACGAGAUCGAGCGCCAACCCGACUACCGGCAGCGCGCCAACAAGGAGAACGCCGACGAGCACAACGAGGAGGAGCUCUUCAGCGCCGUGGUGCGCCCCGGCGGCGACCGCGACCGCCACCACGACCGCAACAACACCAACACCCACCACGACCGCAACAACGACUUCCGCUCCUCGGCCGGCGCCCGCCACCCCCGACAUUCCGCCCGCGGCGCCCACGCCAGCGACAGUAUUAUCAUCACGCGCAACCCCGACAUCCAGACCACGCCCUCCUUCCCCGCCCACCGGGAACCGGCGUCCGUGGGGGGUGGGCCGGCGCCGGCGGUGGCGGUGGCGGCCAAGGAGAAGGUGAUGGGUUCGCACGGCACGCAGACCAGCUACAGCGGCGCGAUAGCGGCACGCCGCGAUAGCAGUGGACGAACGGAGGCGCCGGUGGCGACGCCGGUGCCGGCCAGUCAGCCGCGCGCGCCGCAGGCGACGUCCGCCGCGUCGCAGCCGAAAAUCCGCUCGUUCGAUAAGGAUUACACGCCGCGCGCCAGUACGGAGGGGAAGAGCGGCGUGCAGCGCUCGCCGGACGCCACGCCGCAGCGCAGCCAGACGCAGAAUGUCUGGACGCGCUCCAGCAACGCGCCCUCCGUGCCCAACAUCGCCGAGGCCGGCAAAUCGGCCAUCCGCAAGUCCUCCUCGCCGUCCGAACGGAAGAACGUAAGCGUCCACGAUAACCGCCACCACGAGGAGCAUAGCAGCGGCGGCGGCAGUAAGCCGGCGCCCAGUCCCGUCUCCCACCGCAAACAGAAGAGCCCGCACGAGAGCGCCUCGGCGCCGGACAGUAGCAGCGCGAAGCCGCCGCCGGCGGGCGGGCACGUGGACGUGAGCAAGUCGCAGCUGAACCCCGAGGCCAAGGAGUUCACGCCGCGCCUCCCGGCGCCGCCCCCCGCGCUGCACGUCCCCGCCCACGGCCCCGCCGACUCGCCCUCCCCCGUCCACGCCGACCUGGCCGGCUACAUGCUGAACGCGCCGCCGCCGCAGCAACACCAGCAGCAGCAGCAUGCGCAGCAGUUUGUCUACAGUGUCCUGCCGGCUGGCAGUUUCCGUGAGAUCCCCAUGAACGCGUACGCCAACAACGCCGGCAAUCCCUACGCGAAUUACGCGCUGAACCAGACGUCGCCGGUGGGCAGUCCGGCGCAGAUGAGCGCCAUGCACAACGUCUACAGCGCCUCCCUCAUCGGCCAGCAGCAAAUGGGCGCCCCCAUCGCGCAGUUUCCGCCCUCCUCGCGCGACAACGGCCUACUGCAGAUGUACCAGCCAGUCAGCGCCGCCAUGGUGUCGAUGCCGCAGCAGCAACAGCCGCAGCGCAUGGUCAUCGCUCCGCAGGCCAGCUACCAGGAAAUCAACCCUUCCUUCUACGGCUACCAGAUGAACAUGAACGUGCCCGCCUCGAUGUACGCGCCCAUCCUGUACCAGGCGCAGGCGCCCCCGGGCGGCCCCUUCCAGCUGCCGGCCAACGGCGCCGGCUUCCUCAUGAGCCACGCCCAUCCGGGCCAUCCCCAUCCGCAGCAGCAUCCCCAGCAGCAGCCGCAGCACAUCCCCGUCAGCGCCGCCAUGCAGCAGAUGCUGCCGGGUAACUACAAUGUCAUGAUGAUGGCCGGCGGGCAGAACGGGCCCCCGGGGGGCAUGCUGGUGCGCGGGCCCCCGCAGUUGCUGCAUCCGCACCAUCUGGCCGGUCCGCCGCAGUAGGCUCUCCCUCUUCCCCUUUCUCCUCCUGUUUUCGGGAAGGGCGGACCGCGGUUCCUGGUCGGUCGGGUGAAUGCGCGCUGUGAUCGCGGACGGGUCGGUUGGAGAUUUAUUGGACCGAGAGAGAGAGAGUUGCUGAUGUUGGCGCCGCGGUGGGGCGCUGGUUGUUUUUUAACCUGGCGUCGGGAUCUGAGUUGGAUUGCGGAAUUUUGACGAGGCGGUUGCUUACUAAAACGGCUGUCGGUGGUGUGUCUUGCUGGUCGUUGUGUUUCUAUUUUUUGCGUUCUGAUAUUCUUUCCUAGUUUGUAAAGUGGCUGAACAGAGGCUGAUGAGGAUGAGGAUGAUUGUGUGCAGUCCGUCGGAUGUUGCUGGUUUUUUUACGUGCUGAACAAAUAAACACACAGACAAGCUGCAAA